AUGGCAACGCGCAAGAAGUAUCACCGAAUCAGUGUCUCCCCAGGGGAAGAAGAUAUCGACAAGCCAUUCGCCUUGCUUAUGGACAUCCUCAAACGACCUAGUUUGGGUAAUUACGUGCGUCAUGUCGAAUGUUGCACAGCAACAUCCAGUCAUAUGGACUACAAGCAAGUCAAAUCCCAGCGCAAUUUGAGCAAUGAGGAGAUAGAUCUCGUGCAAGAAGCAGUCAAAAAGGGUGGUUUCACAGGACUCCAAGUGGAUCGAGUUUUCAAUAUGCUCAUGCAGAGGAUGGAAAAAACGGCAACGUAUGACGGCUAUCGACACCGCGAAUGCCUCGGGACAUUCAUCACCCAAGCAUUGACGGCGAUUCUGAUUGUGGUAUCGCCAAAUGUUGUGUCGAUGGCCUUAACACAUCCCUCUGGCCUGAGUUUCAACCACACAAUCGACUUCCCGCUCGCGCAGCUCCUUCGCAGGGCUAACGCCAGCCCCGAAAACAAGCCAUAUCUUUGCCACCUCCGCAGUGUUUAUGUGAUUAAUAAAAACGAUAGUACCUGGUCGGAUGGUCGUUUCUAUCUCCCAAUGGACUUUUCUGGCUGCUUGAGGCUAUUUGACAAUCUCCCGUCAAUUGAAUCUGCCCGCGUUGAUAUAAUGAAGCAGGAUCCCAACAAAAGGCUCGAAUUUAAAGAGAGAUGUUCCAAUAUCAGCAAGAUCUCUAUCCACCAUUCGUCGGUUGAUUCUCUCUACCUUGCGAAUCUGAUAUGGUCAUGCAAGUUUCUCAAGGAGUUCCAGUAUUCUAUCGGAGGUAGAGGGAGCAAUGAUGGGAGUUUUCCUAUGUUCAACCCAGAAGCAUUCAUCAAAGUGCUUUGCGCACACAAGAAAACACUGGAAAUUCUCGAUAUCAACACGGAAAAUGAAAUUCAUACAUUCGAAAUUGUUGACGAGGAAGAGAGAGACUACCAAUUCAAUCAAUAUGGAAGCCCCUUUGAAUCAGACAUCAGCGACGAAACAUGUACAUUUUACCAAUUGAUAUGGAAAUACGGUGGGUCACUGAAAGAAUUUAUGGCCUUGAAACGGUUGAGCUUGGGGAUACACUUUCUGUUAUACUUUGCCGCUGGCGUUAGCGGGGAAUCCUACAAGAAGAGGGAAACGUUAGAUCUGGUAGCCUGUCUACCAAAUGGGCUAGAGUACUUAUGUGUUCGGGGAUAUCAGAAGGGUGAGAGCGAGGAGCACGAUCAGCAGAUGGACGCGUUGAUUACGUUUUACAAGUCUGGGUCAUCCCAACUGAAAGAGCUCAAGGGAAUCGAUGAAUUGAUUCCAAAUGCCGAGGUAGUUCAUGACCCAGAUAACGACGAUCAUCUGCUGUGGUCGUUGGAGGAGCUUGGGUAUGAGAGUGAUUAG